AUUAAUAUAAAUCCACUUCUGUCUCCUCUCACGUAUCACACAGGUGGCACGGCUGCAAAUUUGUAGAAGCUGCUCUGGAGACCACGGCUUAAUUAAUGUAAGGCAUAAAAAUUACCUCUGGAUGGAAAUCCAUCUCCUUACUUUAAAACGGGUUUUUAUUUGUCACCAAGUAAGAUUCUCAGCGAGACGGCGCAGAAGUACUGUAAAGGUAAGCGAGUUACUUUUUAUUGGCUUCGUUUCCUACACAGCCGUGAGCAGCAGAGGCAUUCUCGCCCUCGGUACUAACAAAGCUCAAAACACGCGAGUGCCAGCAGACCGCUAAGCUCUCUGAAAAGACGGCGGCGAGGCGCAGACACCCGCAGAGAGUCCCGCAGCGCGCUGCCUCUGAGCGGUGCCGCCGAAGGCAGCAGAGCCCCGCCGCCCCGUGCGGGCUGCCUCCCUCAGCCCGCCGCCCCUCAGGCGCGGGAGCAGCCCCCGUAGAGCCACGGUGGCUCGGCUGCCGGCGAGCCACCAGGCGAGCCGGCUGGCUCCAGGCUGCCCGCCGCCACUGAGCUCGGCGGAGGGAUCGUCCGGCGGUGGUUCGACCGUGCGUGUGUCGCGGAGGGAUCCGCGCGGGCCGCCGUGUGCCCGCCUCCUGCGCGGUGCCGCUGCCUCCCGAUAUAGUGCGGCGCGGCACAGCGCGGGCAGCAGUUGACGGGCGGCGCUGUGUGGUGCGGGUUGCGAGCACCUCCAACUUGGGACUGUCCGCCGGCGGCAGCUGCUGAACAUGAGCCUCCUGCCUCUCUACCUGCUCGGAUUGCUCCUCAGUAGCGGGCAAGCUCUACUUCAAGUUUCAAUUUCUCUUAGCAAAGUUGAACUCAGUGUGGGUGAAUCCAAAUUCUUCACAUGUACAGCCAUUGGUGAGCCUGACAACAUAGAUUGGUACAAUCCGCAAGGAGAGAAAAUUGUUUCUAGUCAAAGAGUGGUUGUUCAGAAAGAAGGUGUUCGAUCACGUCUAAUCAUUUAUAACGCAGACAUAGAAGAUGCUGGUAUAUAUCGAUGUCAAGCAACAGAUGCUAAAGGACAAACUCAAGAAGCUACUGUUGUUUUGGAAAUUUAUCAAAAGCUCACUUUUCGGGACAUAGUAUCUCCACAAGAGUUCAGGCAGGGAGAAGUUGCGGAAGUUGUUUGCCGUGUUACUAGUUCACCUGCUCCCAUUGUCAGUUGGCUGUAUCGGAAUGAAGAAAUAACAACUCUUGCUGACAAUCGAUUUGCAAUAUUAGCAAACAAUAAUCUCCAAAUUCUUAACAUCAAUAAAAGUGAUGAAGGAGUAUACCGAUGUGAAGGAAGAGUGGAAGCCAGAGGAGAGAUUGACUUCCGGGAUAUAAUUGUUAUUGUGAAUGUUCCUCCUGCAAUUAUCCUGCUACAGAAAUCCUUUAAUGCUACUGCAGAUCGAGGAGAGGCAGUAACCCUGUUCUGCAGAGCCACUGGAUCGCCUCCGCCAGAAAUGAGUUGGUUUAGGAAUGGUAAACUUAUUGAAGAAAAUGAAAAAUACGUAUUGAGAGGGAGCAAUGCAGAGUUAACAAUAAGAGAUAUAAAAAAUGUUGAUGCGGGUCCUUAUAUCUGCAGUGCUAAAAACAAAGCAGGAAAUGAUAAAAGACAGACAUUUCUUCAAGUUUUUGUGCAGCCUCAAAUAAUACAACUUAAAAAUGAAACCACAUUUGAGAAUGGGAAAGCAACCCUCAUCUGUGAAGCAGAAGGAGAACCUAUCCCAGAGAUUACUUGGAAAAGGGCCAUUGAUGGAAUAACUUUCUCUGAAGGUGACAAGAGCCCAGAUGGCCGUAUAGAAGUCAAAGGGCAGCAUGGAAAAUCGUCACUGCAUAUUAAAGAUGUGAAGUUGUCAGAUUCAGGGAGAUAUGACUGUGAAGCUGCAAGUAGAAUUGGUGGGCACCAAAAGAGCAUGUACCUUGAUAUUGAAUACGCUCCAACAUUUCUGUCAAAUCAAACUAUGUAUUUCUCUUGGGAAGGCAAUCCCAUCAAUAUAACAUGUGAAGUGCUAGCAAAUCCAUCUCCCUCAGUUCAGUGGAGAAGAGGAAAAUUAGUUCUACCAGUAAAAAAUACAACACAUCUGAAGACCUACAGUGCAGGAAGAAAGCUGAUUCUAGAGAUUGCUCCUACAUCUGACAGUGAUUUUGGACAGUAUAAUUGUACAGCUACAAACAGAAUAGGAACAAGAUAUCAGGAGUACACACUUGGUCAAGCUGAUGUGCCAUCAAAUCCUUAUGGAGUACGAGUUUUGGAGUUGUCACAAACCACUGCCAAGGUUUCAUUCAUUAAGCCAGAUUCGCAUGGAGGUGUGCCCAUUCAUCACUACCAAGUAGAUGUAAAAGAGGUAGCCUCAGAAACCUGGAAGAUAGUUCGCUCCCAUGGAGUUCAAACAAUGGUUGCUCUCAGCAAUUUGGAACCAAAUACGACGUACGAAAUCAAAGUAGCUGCUGUAAAUGGAAAAGGGCAAGGAGAAUAUAGCAAAAUCGAGAUAUUUCAGACUUUACCUGUCCGGGAGCCAAGCCCACCGUCAAUUCAUGGACAACCAGGAAGUGGAAAGAGUUUUAAACUUAGUAUAACUAAACAAGAUGAUGGAGGUGCCCCCAUUUUGGAAUACAUUGUCAAAUACAGAAGUAAAGAUAAGGAAGACCAGUGGCUAGAGAAAAAAGUGCAGGGUAGUAGAGACCACAUCAUCUUAGAGCAUCUUCAGUGGACCAUGGGUUAUGAAGUACAAAUUACAGCUGCAAACAGACUGGGUUUUUCUGAACCAACAUUGUACGAAUUUAGCAUGCCACCGAAGCCCAACAUUAUUACAGACACUCUUUUUAAUGGCCUUGGACUUCGUGCUGUCAUUGGCCUGGGAGUGGCAGCCCUUUUGUUAAUCCUUGUUGUGACUGAUGUCAGCUGCUUCUUUGUACGGCAGUGUGGAUUGCUGAUGUGCAUCACCAGGAGAAUUUGUGGGAAAAAGAGUGGUUCAAGUGGAAAAAGUAAAGAACUGGAAGAAGGAAAGGCUGCUUACUUGAAAGAUGGAUCAAAAGAGCCAAUAGUGGAAAUGAGAACAGAGGAUGAAAGAAUUACCAGCCAUGAAGAUGGGAGCCCAGUAAAUGAGCCGAACGAGACUACUCCUCUCACAGAACCAGAGAAACUGCCUCUGAAGGAGGAAAAUGGGAAAGAAGCUUUAAACCCAGAAACCAUAGAAAUCAAAGUUGCUAAUGACAUCAUCCAGUCAAAAGAAGAUGACAACAAAGCAUAAUAAGAUAAACUACAGCUUUCUGGAUAAUGCAUUUGGAUAAAAGCAACCCCGUGACCAAAACUUUACAGCUGACCUUAAUUUCCUGGGAAACUUAAGCUUGGAAUAGUUAGUACACGUGUACAUAUGAUAAAACAGUUUCUGUCUACAGUUCUUUUCUAUUUUUUUGUUAAUGGUUUUAGUAUGUUGUUUUGCUGACACCAAGUCCCAUGGUAUAAAUUGGAAAAAUCUUCAGAAUAAGAACUGUAACUUAUUAUAUGAAAAACUUUGUCUAUUUAGAAGAAUACUUGGCCCCUAACCGCAAACAACAUAUCAUGUCUCUCCAGAUCUUACAAGGCAAUCUACAUACAUAAAGUGCCAUACAUUAUUGUAUUUGUUUCCAUUUAUAAUCAAGCAAAAGUUGAGGUUGCCUUUUAGAAAAUGAAAACCAAUCUCAGCAUAACAUUUAAGAUCUUAUCACUGGCAGACACUCAAUAGUCAUUCCAACUGUGCAAAUCGCUUGAAACAAAAAAAGCAACGAACUGUCUUCAACAACAUAGAGCCAGUUCCACCCGUAGUUUUACCUGGGUUCUCUUGUAUCAUAAAAAUUUGAUAACUAUGAUGUACAGAUUUAAAUCAAAGUUGCUGAAUAUUUUAUGGAAGUACAUUGGCCUCAUCCUAACUUUAGAGUGCGACUGAAAGGCCCAGGAUUUUCAGAAUGCCAGGUUUUGUACCUUAACAUUUGGAAGGUUGUGUGUAAACUGGAAUGUAGGAAAUGUAUGGAAAGGGAACUCUUUUUUUCAAUAACUUUUGGCUUCAAAGGAAACCUUCUAACACAAACUCACAUUAGUUGCCCCAGUGUAUUUAUACAUACAUAGUAUUCACUCUUCUAACUAUUUAGUCAAGGGAUAAAUUGCAUUUUAGUGUUGUAGAUUUAUUUUCACCACAAGUCAGUACGUGAAAUAUUUGAAGUUGGCCGUAUUAAAGAAGUCCUUGCUAUGUUAUGAAUUUUUAUCUUAUAACAAGAAACAUAAGAGCAGAUGGAAAGACUUCAGCUAAAUGGUUUGGAACAUUUUAAAAUUUUUAAUUAAUCAGACCAUGUAUUAGGUGAAAUACUUGUUUCCUGUCACGCAUUUUUUUUUAAGAUAAUCUAUUUUAUUAUUAUGGACAAUAUGCACUACUUGGAAAUUUGGCUAAUUUAUUUGAUGAAAAAGAAUAUUAAUAUUGAUUUAAUUAUGACACUAAUUGGAGUUAUACAUACUGCUUCCAUUCCAGCAUAGUGUAUCCACAUCUACCAACCUAUUCAAAAUCUUUCUUUGGACGAAGUAGAUUAAAUAGUGAACUAGAUUAGAAAAUUCUACUUGUUAGGAUCAAACUGUAGAGUACCUUGUGAAUUUUUCACAUCUAAGUCAUACUCGAGGUUUAAGUGUAGCUUUAUUAAGCAAAUUAUGUCCUCUCCAUGCUGUAUCUGAAUUUUGCUAUUAUUUGCAACUAUACCUAAUUGGCCAAAUUAGGCAAAUUUCUACCUAAUUUCACACAGAAUGUCAUCAACUCUCAGCUGAUAUUUUGUAGUUAUGUCAGAGUGGUUGACUUUUGUGCAGUAAAGCUAAAAGUGAAAUGUAAAAGAAUGUUGUUACAUUUGAGGAAAAUGGCACAUUAACUUUCUUGUUAACGCAGUCAUUACUGAAUUUGAAAAAGUUGAGGAGAUGUUGAAUUUUCAGGUCUUCCUUAUUUUUCAAAGCCACUAAUUUUAUGUUUUAAAAAAGAAAAACUACUUUUAAUUACUUGGGGAAAAACCUACAGUGAACCAGGUAGUUGAGGGCAGAGGCAUAACACUGAUGUGGCUAGAUGAGAAGCCAAGUUCCCACAAAAGCAGAGCCAAAAUGAAAAGUAUGGGUAAGAGCAAUGAUGGAUGAAAGUCAUGAAAAAGAAUAAUUUAAAACUGCUGCAGAGUAGUCGCUUCAAAUGCUAAGGAAUUACUUCUGGAUAAAAGUAAGAUGAAGAUAUUCCUCUAUAGCCUGUCACUGUAGCUCCCACAUACUGUGCAGGCACUAUUACCAAGUAUCUGCUUGCCUGUUAAAUUUCUGUCCUGUUUCUUUCAGAGUAGUGUACACAGUGAGCAGAACUGUCCCCUAAUUUAUAAUUAAGAAAAAUUGUUGUCUUAUUUAUGUGUGUGAAUAUAUAUUCUUUCUACAAAGAACAUAUAUGCAACUGGGCUUUCUCCCUCUACUGAAAUGUGAGGAAGGAACCUGGAAAAUUCAAGUAGUUGAAUGUGAUUUGUGUGGCUUGAACAUCAGCACCCCGCAUCAUCUCAUGCAGUAUUAUUACCAGAAUGAAGGUACAAGACCUUGUUUCCUCUUCUGCCUGCCAUCACAAAAUUAGGUGGUGCUGUGCGUUCUCAAAUAAGUCAAGGCUCACUAAGCAAAUGGUGCUUUUUCUGAAGUCAGAACUAUCAUUUGCACAGCAAGGUUCCUAUACAAUGUGUGCAGGGCUAACACUGUCUAGGCUCCACUGUAGUUGCAUUUCAACUUUUAGUACUUCUUGCUAAAACUUACACAAAAAAGUUACAUGGCCUAACAACUAUAGGUUGGAUGUUUGUUGUUGUUGUUGUUGUUAUUUUUUUUCUUGUUUGUUUUUAAUACAGCCUCUAAUUACAAUGUGAAAAGAUUAGAGGAUUUAAAAGGUUUCUUCAGCACAUUUGGUAUUAAUCCUCCUGUCCUCUCUAUUUUACUCAUAGUAAAAUAUGCAGCAAAAUUAUUUCAAUAAUGGAAGCAAAAGCGUUUCCUACUAUAUUGGAAUACAAAUCAAAAGCUAAUUCCAGAAGUAUUUAUUUUCUACCUGAUCUUAAGCCUCUUGCCAGUUGGGCUGAGAAUUGAACAGUUCACAGUUUCUGGUGGACUGCUCCAAGCAUGCCCCUUGGUCUGUGGAUUAAUAGGUUAUCUCUUGUGUUUUGCCCCUGUGCUUUGCAGGAGAAAGCCAAAUUAUGACAAUGCUGAAAACUGAUAUUUGCAAAUGUUUCCAAAUGAGGGACAGUGCAUUGUAAUUUGUAAGAUAUACGUAGAACUGGAGUAACCUCUUGUCUUUAUUUUCUUUUUCGAUUCUAGACUAAAAAGAAAAAGAACCAGGUAUCUGUAUAAAUGUCACUUUUACUGUCUAAAAGUAAUUUUAAGUGUUGGUAUGAAAUGUCAGAAGAGUUGACAGAAUAUAACUAUUUGUAAAAAUAAUCUGAAUUGUUAUGCUAACAUACUCCAGGGAGGAGUGUGAGAGGGCGCCAUUGAAAUUAUGGACAAAAUGGAAUGUGGCAGUGACAAUCUCUCUUCAACAAAAAAUAAGGAGCAAAAUUAAGUAAAAGGGUUUCGUUUUUUAUUUUUUUUUAGUAGAAGUACAUUCUGAUUUACCAUAAUAGUAACAAUAAAAAAAUUAACAUUUUACAAUUUAGUAGACAAAUGUACUGUGGAGAGGUUUUCUGGUUUUGUUUGCUUGAUUGUUUUUUGUUUUCUUUUUUUUUUUUUUACUUCUAAAGUUUGUGGGGGGUUUUUUGUUUGUUUGUUUUUUGGUUUUGGUGUUGCAGAAAUAUUUACUGUUCUGGUGAUGCUAAUGCCUAAUGUGACAAAGUUUAAUUUAUUUAGGCCUCAGUCUUACAAGAAGUUUUUGUGUGGCUAAACCCCUUGCUCAUAUGGCAUCUCACUGACACCAGUGGAGUCAAUGUGAGCAGGAGGAUGGAUGUACUCUCAUAGAAGAGCUUGCAGGACUGGGCUGACUUUCUAUCUUCAUAGACAUAUACAACGUAGUUACACAGUGACAGUCAUAUACAAUGGCUGUUUGACAACAGUCCAUGGUAUAGUAAAUUCCACCUCCUGUCUUCAGACUCUGCAUUGAUGUUCAUCCAAAAAGUGGCUUUCUUUUCAUGAUGGUAUUUAUUUAUUUAAGUGCCAAACAUCAAACUGUAGUAUAAUAAUCAUGCCAUUUUUCUGUUUCCUAGACCAGAUAAUGGAAAUGUAUUUGUGCCUUUUGAUAGCAUGCCACUUUGCUUUAUUAAAGAAAAAUCUUCAAUAAUUUGUCUACAAAGCCUGUUUAAAGUAUUUGAAAGCUUUACCAUGACAUACAUUUCUGCUCAGAUAUGCUCAAAUAUUCAUCUAAAGUAAACUGGAGACAAUACUCUCAAUUCAGUUUAAUAUUUUAAACACAAAAUUGGCAAAAAACUAUUGAGAUCACAAUUCUAGUGAGGGUCAUUGUGGGUGUAUCAUUGUUGAAAAGAUUCAAGGAGAUGGAGCACAUGGGGAGUAUGAAAGGGUGUUUUGACCAAUUUAUCAAGUUGAAGAGUCAGAUAGAAAGUCUCUUUAGUUCUAUUUAAGCACUUAGAUAUAAAACAUUAGCAUCUUUUCUCAAAUCUAAAAGGUGAUGAGGACCAUCUUCCCACCAUUUUACCUCUGGAGUAGAACUGCAGUGAAUAUUUGUUUUGCAGUCAUUUGUGGUCCAACCAUCCCUGUGUAAACUGUCAUAGGAAGUAGUACCUUUGUAAAGGAGUGGUUGUGUCUGCUGGGUGACAUUCACUCCUGAUUAAAGGAGACGUCUACGGAGAGGUGCAGAGAACACUGCAAGUAGGGCCUUAGGGGAAUCCAGGUCUCACUGGGGUUUAGGACACAAACUCACUUCAGUGGGGCCUGAAUUUCAUCCACUUGUCUUGGUGAGGCUCCACAUGUCUUCAUCCAGUUGAGUCAUCUAGGUGUAAGCAGAACUUAAAUGUCCUGUCAAGCUCCUGCUAACAUUUUGCACAGGGAAGGCUUGCCUACAAGGAGUUUGUAGUGAUCAGGAAACAUGGAUAAAGAUACCCGAUUACAACUUUUUCCCAUACAUUAGUAUGUGCCCAGAAUUAAGAAGUAAAACAUCCUUCUAGGUAGUUUGUUAUGAUUGCAAUACUUUAGGUAAAGACUAAAACAUUCUGCGAAGUAUUGUUUCUUCUUACAUCACAUUGUUCAACAUCAGAUGCUUGUGCUGAUCAAUGCAAAGCUACCAUGAUUAAAUGGAUAACUUAAAAAAAAAAUCUUCCAUCCCCUUUUUCAGAUUUUUUCAUAUCAUUCCCUGGAAACCACUCACUAAAUUUUAAGUGACCUUCAGUAUUUCCAAUGUGUUCUUAGAUCACUUCAUUUGAACCUCAGCCAGAAAGAAACCUUUCUGUUACAAAUUUGGCUUUGGACUCAGUUUGGAGAAAACACAGUUUACUUGUCUAUUUCUCCUCUUAACAGGCAUUGUAAACCUCAUGAUGUUUGACUUUCAAACUUGAAUAUUGGCCAUUUUUAGCCCAGAGAAAUGAAAUAAGUAUUUAUUGCCAAAUUUGUAUUGGCAGCUUUAAGUCACAGGUGAGAUUGGGAGCGGGCAAGAUGACCAGCUUCGGUGCUGACAGAAUUAAGGAAAGCCACCAGAGAGAACAAGUGCAAAUGAAUGAACUAAGAGAGGGCUCAGAAACUGGGAGGCCCGAUAGAUACUGGUGGGGAAAUGGGGAGCUACUAAACUAAAAGAGGCUGCUGCAGACUGUGAAAACUAGAGAAAGGGUACUGUUAGCCCUGCUGCAUCCUUUAAGUCUGCUGUGUGAAAGGCUGUUUUUAAAUGUAGAAUGCAGAGCUGGGGGAAGGGAAAGUUCCUGCAGAUUGGUGAGGGACAAUAGAAAGCAAUCAGAUCCCCCAGGUAGAUAAUUUUGUUGCUCUUGGUGUAGAGUUCUCACUACGAAUUUUGAGCUACUUAGGCAAGGUUUAAACAAAAAAAAGCUUUCCUGCUACAAUGAGCACUCGGUAUGUAUUUGUAUGCUGUGUACAGUAUGAGCUGAAGCAUACCAUAUAUCGUUUUUGUUACUCCACACGUUGUCAACAGCCCACUUGCAAUAUAUACCACCUGAAUUAUAUAUUGAUAAGUUAGCUACCACUGGAGCUAGUUUGUUUCUUGUUUCAAAAUCUUAUGUCCCUAUGAAAUGCUAUGUAUAUAUAUAUAUCUCUAUACUGUAAAAAGAAGUAAUAUCGCAGAUGCUGGUUUUGUAUUUAUGAAAGACAUUGAAAGUAUGGCUUAAAGUAUAUCAAUUAUUUGUCACUCUUCACCAUUUGUAUAUUAAUAGUAAAGAUACUUUUACUUUAA